GAACAUUCGAUGCGCAAAAGAUAUGGAGGAAUCGCUACCGGCAGAACAGCGGCCUGCGUGCGGCGCAUGUCGUAAGCGCAAACUACGCUGCUCACGCGAGCUGCCUAUCUGCAGCCACUGUCGGAGAGUGGGGACGACUUGUGGAUAUGAUAAUGACCGUGAGAAGCCUGGUCUGAAGACGGGUGCAGUAGAAGCUCUCAGAAGGCGUGUAGAUGCUCUCGAAGAUGCGGUCUUUCAACAAGGUAGAACUCCCAAUGAACUACCUCAGAGAACUAGCCAAGAUGGCAAGACCGCAGCGGUCGUUGCUCUCCAGGAAGGUUUAGAGCUGCUACUUGAACAGCUUCAAUCUCAAUCAAGACGGAAAAGGCGAUGGUCGGAUGCAUCAGACAUUGCAGGCACAAUCACGCAGCGGGUGAAUGAAGAAACUUUACCACCUUCGUCUUCUCCACAUUGUACUCAAAUACAAGGGGGGCAGUUACAGGUGCCGAAAAAAAGAAGACAUGUUGACGACACGGUCUUGAUUGAGCCGGACGAUUUGGCAAAUGUCUCUUCUAGUCUUCCCCCGCCGAAUGUGCUAGAGGCAGUUAUAGAUUCUUAUUUCAGGCUGGUGCAGCCAUGGAUUCCAAUUUUUCACGAGAAAAGAUUUCACCGGCGACUGAAGAACCCGAAUGAGAGGCGCCGCUUAGAAGUUGUUCUACAUGCGAUGGUUGUGGCAAUGCUCAGGCAUCUUAACACUGGUGAAGUGGCAAUUAUUCCCGGCGAUAUUGAAAGUAUCUGUGAACGAUCACGAAAAAUAGUAGUACUUACUGGGAUGGACGAUAUGUAUGUCGAGAACCUUCAAGCUUUGAUAAUUAUCUGUUUCGAAGAUAUUGGCUCCGGGAGAGUGUCUCGUGCAUGGCCUAUUGUUGGCUCUCUAACUAGAACCGUCGAAUAUCUCCAACUGAGUGUUGAGUCCGAGAAUCACGACACAGGGCCAGUACUUCAGCCGCGCCCUUCGUUACCUCCAGCAAAAACCUGGAUCGAAGAAGAAGAGAGGCGGCGAGUAUUCUGGACAAUUUUCAAUCUGGAUAGGUUCUGCUCUGUUACUACUGGUUGGAAUACAAGUCUGACAUCAAACGAUGUCCACCGCCGCCUACCCGCUGACGGGGGCUUGUGGCACAAUGAAGAAGCUGUAAUUACACCUUUCUUUGGUAUAUGGGACAAGUCUGCAGGGAAGAUCGGUAGUCUUAUCGCCUUUUCCCCAACGGACUACAAUACCGCAGAACCAGCAAGGAAUCGAUCAGGAAACAGCAUUGUACCCUCCGUACCGGAUGAAAAAGUUGACUUAUCAACUGUUGGGGCAUUUGCUUACAGGGUUGAGGCGACAGAGUCUCUGAGUAGGGUAACCACAUUUUUCUUACAGCAGAAGGUGAACUACCGUGAUCGUCACGAAAUGGGUAGCUGGCUUCUUCGGUUUAAAGAAUUGGACUUGCGGUUGGUCAGUUGGAAAAUGUUUCUCCCUCAAAAAUGGAAGGACUCGAAUAUCUCGCGGCAACCGACCGUGAUAAUGAUGGACCCAAACUUGACGCUGGCUCAUGUCACGCAUAAUACUUCCAUGAUUCUGCUUCAUCAACGCAUUGCCUAUCCCCCACCAGAAUGGUUAGAGGUUGUCAAGCUUCCCACAUUAUCUAGUGCAGAGACAUGUGAAGCUGCGGCUGCGGAGACGGCAAAUAUCACGCAAAGAUUUCUCGACUACUCGUCACCCCAAAGUUUAGUAGACAGUCAAUUUGCGUUCUGUGUAUUUGUGAGCGCCCGUGUUUUACUUGUUCACUGGCGGUACUAUAAAACAGAACUGUCCCCUGAUUACUGGACUCUAAUGAAAGCUCUCGAUAUCAUGUCCGCACGAUGGUCAGAAGAACAUCGAGCACAACACACUGCCCGCUGGAAAGACUCAGCAGCAAAAUAUUUCAGCCAGCUUAAUGGAAUAUACAGCAAAUGCCAAGGCGACCAGUCUUUCAAGCUGGAUGUUCUUGGGUACCCAAAUGAAAUCGAAUGGGCGGGGCAGGUUUCUAUAUCUUCCAACAGCGAUGGACUUGAGAAUGCCCAUGAGGAAGUCGAACAUGGGAGCCAUCCCGAUAAGAUGUCUGCCGUCGAUGCAGUGAUUGCUAACCCUGAUAGUCACGCAAAUGGAAAUAUUCCAGUUUCCAACCUAGAUGCACCAACUAUGUCAUCUUCAGGCCGACAUCUUAGUCGUGCUUCUUCCUACACACAAGACAUCUCGCAUAAAAGCAUACACCAACCAUUAAAUGGAGUGUCCUCCACCAAUUUUGUUAAUUCCCAAAGCGCAUCGGGGAUGGUACCAACCUCAGGAAAUACUCCCCAUCAUACCUUGAUGUUAGAUUCAUCCUCUGCUAGUGCCGGACCUAUGAGCUACAGUGGAGCUAGUCCAGAUGAGUUAACUGCGGUGACUUCAAUUUUACUAGACCAGCAGUAUUCCGAAAUGGACCGGAUAAUCAGUUUGAAUAAUGCCUAUUUUGCUUCGGAUGUAGCUUAUAUCCAGUGAUAUAGCCUUUGUUGAGAGCUAAUAUUGAAUCUGAUUGUAAUCUUGGGAGUGUCUAUGUGGAAAUGAUUGAAAGAUAGAAAAUAAUCACGGAAUCUAGAAUGGGACAUUUUGUUGUGCUAUAGAGAUGUAGGGAAUCAAUGCUGAGGAGGAGAUUUUGAUGCAAGGCACGAGG